GCCUGAUAUGAGACGCGAUCAGGUGCUCGGAUGACUAAGCCUCGCGACCUUUGCACAAUGUGACUCUUUGUGCUUUCAUUCUUCUCUUUUCCCAUUUCCACCAUUACAUCUCUAUGUCUCUUAACACUAUCCUCGAAACUCCACACUACGUGGCUUAUCAGAGAGCGACCGAUAGGUCCAUCGCAAUCGAGCUUAGGGAGGACGCAACAGAUGUGGCCUCAGAUCGACGCCCUUCAAUGACCGUGAAGCAUGUAGAAGAAGACGGCACUGUGAAUUAUUAUGAGGAAGCCACUUCAGAGACGCAAAACAAAUGGAAACGGGCUCUUGGUCCUCUAUUAGCAAAGUUCGUUGUAAAGCCGGCAGUACAGCUCGAAGGCAAUAAAUUCACCGGAAAUGUGACUUCUUCCGCGUUAUUCGAAUUUCCUCGUGGUUAUAAGCUGUACACCCAUAAGAAAGGCGACCAUUACGACCCUCGCAAAGAUAACUACCUCAUAGGCUCUCAACAUGUAAGGGCUUUUCGCUCUCCUCAAGAAUUCUUUUUGCAUGCCAAGUGGCUCAUGGAGGGGCAAGCCUACAACUCCGAUGGAACCAGAGCCUGUGGUUGCUGCUACUGUAACCCAGCAGUAACCCAGUCUGACAUCGCUAGACAGUAUGGCACUGGUCAUAUCUCUGACAAGCCCAGGAGACAACGUACUUCUCGCCCGAGACCGGCGACAUCUGGGGUAAUCCAGGCAAAGGAUUACACGAAAUUCAAUGUGUCUUCCAAGUCCUCCUAGUUUUGCUCUUUGUCCUGCUUUAUUUUGUUUAUACCCUGUCUACAGUUGCCACCGAUUACGGUGUAGUUCUCGUUGGAUUUGUAUUGUCCAUUGUAUAGCGUUCUCUAGGCUAAUUCUAACACACGGUAUAUAUUUAUUGAAUACUUUCGCGUCUAUCAUUCGUCG